AUGGCCACCGUAGUGGUGGAAGUGGACUCGGAGCCCUCCUGCAGCAUCCCUAACCCGACCUCCACCUCGCCCAGUCUCUCGCACCGCUUCCUAGACAGCAAGUUUUACCUGCUGGUGGUCAUCGGCGAGCUGGUGACCGAGGAGCACCUGCGGCGGGCCAUCACCAAUAUCGAGCGAGGAAUCCGAUCAUGGGACACAAACUUGGUCGAAUGCAACUUGGAUCAAGAACUGAAACUUUUUGUGUCUCGCCAUUCAGCUCGAUUCUCUCCUGAAGUUCGAGGUCAGAAGAUUCUUCACCACAGAAGUGAUGUCUUAGAAACUGUGGUCCUCAUCAAUCCCUCAGAUGAAGCAGUUAGUACUGAGGUGCGCUUAAUGAUCACAGAUGCUGCAAGGCACAAGCUCCUGGUUCUAACUGGUCAGUGUUUUGAAAAUACAGGAGAACUCAUUCUUCAGUCAGGGUCCUUCUCCUUCCAGAACUUCAUUGAGAUCUUCACAGAUCAAGAGAUUGGUGAAUUGUUGAGCACCACACACCCUGCUAACAAAGCCAGUCUAACUCUUUUCUGCCCUGAGGAAGGGGACUGGAAAAAUUCCAACCUUGACAGACACAACCUUCAAGACUUCAUUAACAUUAAACUCAACUCAGCUUCCAUAUUGCCUGAGAUGGAAGGACUCUCUGAAUUCACAGAGUAUCUGUCAGAAUCAGUAGAAGUGCCAUCACCUUUUGACAUUUUGGAACCUCCAACCUCAGGAGGUUUCUUGAAGCUCUCCAAACCCUGCUGUUACAUUUUCCCAGGGGGAAGAGGGGACUCUGCAUUGUUCGCAGUGAAUGGAUUCAAUAUGCUUAUCAAUGGAGGAUCCGAAAGAAAAUCUUGUUUUUGGAAACUUAUCCGGCACUUGGACAGGGUAGAUUCCAUUCUGCUCACUCACAUCGGAGAUGACAAUCUGCCAGGAAUCAAUAGCAUGCUUCAGCGAAAGAUAGCUGAACUGGAGGAGGAACAGUCUCAAGGGUCUACUACCAACAGUGACUGGAUGAAAAAUCUGAUCUCACCUGAUUUAGGAGUUGUGUUCCUUAAUGUACCUGAGAACCUGAAGAACCUGGAUCCUAAUUUCAGAGUAAAAAGGAGUGUAGAAGAAGCUUGUUUUACUCUCCAGUAUUUAAAUAAAUUGUCUAUGAAACCAGAACCUCUCUUCAGAAAUACAGGAAAUACCAUUGACCCUAUCAUUUUAUUUCAGAAAAUGGGAGUUGGCAAACUUGAGAUGUAUGUGCUUAAUCCUGUCAAAAAUAGCAAAGAGAUGCAAUAUUUUAUGCAGCAGUGGAGUGGUACUAACAAGGAUAAAGCUGAAUUCCUGCUACCAAAUGGCCAAGAGCUAGACAUUCCAUUAUCCUAUUUCACCUCUGUCUCAUCCCUGAUUGUGUGGCAUCCAGCUAAUCCUGCAGAAAAAAUAAUCCGAGUUCUCUUUCCUGGAAACAGCACCCAGUAUAAUAUUCUAGAGGGACUAGAAAAACUCAAACACUUGGACUUCCUUAAACAACCAAUGGUUACACAAAAAGACCUAACUGGGAACAUUGCUAGUCCAGCUGUGAAACAAGCGAAAUUGAAACAACGAACAGAUAGCAAGGAGAGUCUGAAGCCUGCUGCAAAGACACCACCAAAUAAGCCUGUCAGAAAGGAAUCUAAAGACGAAACAUCAGAGCCUGUGAAGCCUAGUCCACUACCAGAAAAGCCUCAGAAGCUGGAAAGCAAAGAAAAAGUUCCAGUUAAAAAAGAAAAACCAGCAAAAGUAGAGACCAAACCAAUAACGGUGGAAAAAGACAUAGCAAGUAAGGAAGAACAACUAGUGAAAUCUGAAAUUCCUGAAAAACAAAGUACAGAUGUAAAACCAAAAAUGUCAAAGGAAAAGACAGUGAAAAAGGAAGUCAGAGCAAAACCCGAAGAAAAGAAAGAGGACAAAGAAAAACCAAAGAAAGAGAUUUCUAAAAGAGAAGAGAAAACACCCAUCAAAAAAGAGGAAAAACAAAAAAAAGAAGAUAUCAAGAAAGAAGUUAAGAAAGAGGUGAAAAAGGAAGAGAAGAAGGAAACUAAGAAGGAAAUAAAGAAAGAAGCUUCAACAAAAGAAGCUAAAAAAGAAGCUAAAAAAGAAGAGAAGAAGGAAAUAAAGAAGGAAGACAAAGAAGCCAAAAAGGACAUCAAGAAGGUUCCUAAAGAAACAAAGAAGACAGCUACUCCUUCAAAUGAAGCCAAAAAAACAGCAGCAAAGCCUAAGCCACAAAAGAAGGAGGAACCUGCUAAAAAAGAAGCAAUACCUGCUGGAAAGCCAAAGGAAAAAGGAAAAGUAAAAAGUGUGAAGAAGGACCUAAAAGUCAGUGGAGCACAAGCUGCCCUUGCAGCAGUUGGAGCCACAACUGUAGCAGCUGCAGAAAUUACAGCCGGUGGAAAGGAGCUUGAAGCAGAGAGAUCCCUUAUGUCUUCACCAGAGGAUUUAACAAAGGAUUUUGAGGAAUUAAAAGCUGAAGAAGUAGAAACAAUAAAAGAAACAAAAUCUCAAGUUGCACUUAUAAAGGAUGAUCUGAAACUCACUGGUACAGUACAAAAAGACACCUUUGAAGUACAAAAAGAAAAAAUGGAUAAUGAAGGACCUGCUGAGUCAUCUGAUGAAGGCAUAACUACCACAGAAGCUGAGGGUGAGUGUGAACAGACACCUGAAGAAUUGGAGCCUGUGGAAAAACACAAAGUAGAUGACAAUGAAAAGUUUGAAGAUGAGGGAACUGGCUUGGAAGAAUCAUCUGAAGCAGAUUAUGAAGAAAAGGCAGAGACAGAAGAAGCUGAAGAACGAGAUGAAAAUGAAGUAGAAAAAACACAACUAGAUACCACAAAACCAUAUAUGGAAGAACCAAGAAAAAUUCCAGGUGGCUCAGAAAAAAUAAUGACUCAAGUAGAUACUAUCAUAAAAGACGAAAAGUAUGUUGAAAAGGCAGAUUAUGAGACAUCCGAUGAACGAGCUGAAGAAGACGGGGAAGAAGCAAUAGAAAAGGCAGAAACUGAAGAGACUGAAGAAGAUGAGGAAGACAAAGCAGAAGACAUCAGAGAUGAAGAGGAAACUGAAAAAACGGAAGCUGAAGAAGAUUACGUGAUCUCUGUGGUAGACAAAGCUGCAGAAUCUGGUGAAGCCGAGGAUAAGUAUGGCUUACUCAUAAUUACACCAAUUAAACGCUCAGAGUCUCAGUCUCCAGUGAUUGAACCAGCUUCUUCUAUCCAUGAUGAGACACUACCUGGUGGUUCAGAGAGUGAAGCCACUGUUUCUGAUGAAGAAAAUAGAGAAGAUCAACCUGAGGAAUUCACUGCUACUUCAGGUUACACACAGUCCACCAUUGAAAUAUCCAGUGAACCAACUCCAAUGGAUGAAAUGUCAACACCCCGAGAUGUCAUGAGUGAUGAAACUAACAAUGAGGAAAGCGAGUCACCCUCUCAGGAAUAUGUGAGCAUUACCAAGCACGAGACAUCACUGUACUCUCAAGAGUUCAGCAGACCUAAACUUUCUCCACUUCCAGAUGCUUUUAAUGGGUUAUCUGAAGGAUCCAAAACAGAAGCCACAGAAGGUAAGGAUUAUAAUGCCUCAGCUUCCACCAUCUCACCACCCUCUUCAUUAGAAGAAGACAAAUUCUGCAAAUCUGCAUUCCAAGAUGUAUACCGGCAAAGAGAAAGUGAAAUCCAAGGCACUGACAAAUUAGAAAUCAAAGAACCCUAUCAAGAAUAUGGUGGAAAAUAUAGUUCAGCCAAGAGUCCAGCUGACAGUUUGUCCCCUCCAUCGCCUGUUGCCAAAACACCACUGAGUGAACGCAGUGUGAAUUUUUCGCUCACUCCUAAUGAGAUCAAGGUUCCUUCUGAGUCUGUCCCCACUGCUAAAUUGCCUGAUGUACACCAAGAAGUUGCUGAAGAGCACUGUGCAAGCCCUGAAGAUAAAACAUUAGAAGUAGCAUCCCCAUCACAGUCUGCUGCUGGUAGUGCUGGCCACACACCUUAUUAUCAGUCUCCCACUGAUGAAAAGUCCAGUCAGCUUCCCUCUGAAACCAGUGAAAAGUCAACAGAAGCUCCUGUUAGCUUUGAGUUCAGUGAAGUCAAAGAUGAGUCUGCGAAAUGCAGAAUAAGCCCUAUGGAUGAGCCCGUACCAGAUUCAGAAUCUCCUAUUGAAAAGGUUCUCUCGCCUCUGCGGAGUCCUCCACUGAUAGGGUCAGAGACCACUUAUGAUACAUUUUUGAGUGCUGAUUUAAAGUCUCCCACCAGAGAUUAUGGAAGUCCUUCUGAGGGGAAACCUGAAAAAGACAAAUCACCCAUUCAGAUGAGCCCAGCUUCUGAAGCAAGUUCUGUGGGCCUCUUCCAAGAAAAACAAGAUGAAAAAAGCAUGGAAUUCAUGGUAAUUAAGGAAGGCUUCAGCCUGGAAAGGAAAAUGGAGGAUACAGAACCCAGCAGCUCCCAGUCUUCACUGGUCUUGGAUGAGCGGAAGUUAGCAGGUGAUCUCUCACCAACUCAAAUAGAUAUCAGUCAGUUUGGUUCUUUAAAAGAAGAUACCAAAAUGUCAAUUUCUGAAGGCACUGUCUCUGACAAGUCUGCAACUCCCGUUGAUGAGGUUGUUGCAGAAGACACCUAUUCCCAUAUAGAAGGAGUAGCUUCUGUCUCUACAGCAUCUGUUGCCACUAGUUCAUUUCCAGAACCAACUACUGAUGAUGUAUCUCCUUCUUUGCAUGCUGAGGUUGGUUCUCCCCACUCUACUGAAGUUGAUGAUUCCCUUUCAGUGUCAGUUGUACAAACACCAACAACUUUUCAGGAAACAGAAAUGUCUCCAUCUAAAGAAGAGUGCCCAAGGCCUAUGUCAAUUUCUCCACCGGAUUUUUCACCUAAAACUGCAAAAUCAAGAACACCAGUGCUUGAUCACAGAUCUCCUGAGCAGUCAGCUAUGCCAGUAGAAUAUGGUCGGGAGUCACCUGAGCAGUCUUUAGCAAUGGAUUUUAGCAGGCAGUCUCCAGAAUAUCCUGCUGUAGGCACUAGUGUACACCAUAUAUCUGAAAACGGACCAACGGAAGUAGAUUACAGCCCUUCCGAUAUACAAGAGUCUCCUUUUGCACAGAAGAUUUCACCUGUGGAACAGUCAUCUUACUGUCAAGAGAAAGAUAUUUCAGAAAUUAUUUCAGUUUCUCAAAUUGAAGCUUCAUCCUCAACUUCAUCAGCUCAUACACCUUCCCAGGUAGCUUCACCACUGCCAGAGGAAACUUUUUCAGGUGGUGUUCCACCCAGAGAGAUGUCACUGCAUUCUUCUUUUACCUCAGAAAAGGUACAGACCCUGGGAGAAAAGCUGUCACCAAAAUCUGACCUGUCUCCACUAACUCCAAGGGAAGCUUCUCCCCUGUAUUCUCCUACUUUUCCAGAUUCACCUCCUGCAAUCACAGAAGCAGUGUCAGCUCGUCACACACCUUUGUUGUCACAGCGAGUGUCUUCUGUCACAGCCUUUGGUUAUCAGGAACCCCUAUCAAAGCACAGUCCAGAGCCUUUACUCAGCCCAGAUAAAGAAGAUUCAGAGAAAAGCAGCAGGUCACCAGAAGAACUUAGUUAUUCAUAUGAGGCCAGAGAGAAAACUACGAGGUCACCAGAGAAUAUCAGCUAUUCCUAUGAAGCAGUUGGAAAAUCUACCAGAUCACCUCAAGGCAUGGAUUAUUCCUAUGAGACAAGCAGAAAAACUACUAGGUCUCCUGAGACCACAGAUUAUUCCUAUGAGAUAACCAGGAAUACUACUAGGUCACCCGAGGUUACAGACUAUUCAGAUGAGAUAAUUGCAAAAAAUAUGAGGUCAACUGAGGUCACAGCUUAUUCUUAUCAGGUAACAGGGAAGACCCCCAGGUCACUAGGGGCCACAGAUUAUUCUUAUGAAACAGCUAGGAAAACCACCAAAUCACCUGAAGCCACAGAUUAUUCCUAUGACUUAACUGGGAAAGCUACCAGAUCACCUGAUACUAUGGAUUAUUCCUAUGAGACAACAAGGAAAACCUCAAAGUCACCAGAAGCUGUUGGCUACUGCUAUGAGACAACUGGGAGAACCACCAGGUCAUCAGAGGCCAUUACUUACUCUUAUGAGACAACUGAGAAAGCCUACAGUUCACCUGAAGCCACAGAUUACUCAUUUGAGACAACUGGGAGAGCUACCACUGGGAGUAAAUCAUUAGCAGAAUCCCGUCAAGAUGUUGACUUAUGCCUUGUGUCCUCUUGUGAAUAUAAGCAUCCCAAAACUGAACUUUCACCUUCAUUUAUCAACCCAAAUCCCCUUGAGUGGUUUGCAAGUGAAGAACAGUCUCAACAUCAAGAGAAGCCAUUAACUCAGUCUGGGGGAGCUCAGCCUCCUUCUGGGGGAAAGCAGCAAGGGCGGCAGUGUGAUGAAACUCCUCCCACAUCUGUGAGUGAGUCUGCCCCAUCUCAGACCGAUUCGGAUGUUCCCCCGGAGACGGAGGAAUGCCCUUCCAUCACUGCAGAUGCUAACAUUGACUCAGAAGAUGAGUCAGAAACCAUUCCAACGGACAAGACAAUUACAUACAAACACAUUGAUCCACCACCUGUCCCAAUGCAGGAUCGCAGCCCUUCCCCCAGGCAUCCUGAUGUUACCAUGGUUGAUCCAGAGGCUCUGCCAGUUGAACAGAAUUUAGGCAAACCUUUGAAGAAGGACCUCAAAGAAAAGACAAAGACAAAAAAGCAGGGUACAAAGACCAAGUCAUCUUCUCCUGUUAAAAAAAGUGAUGGUAAAUCAAAACAAGUAGCUUCACCAAAGCCAGCUACAAAAGAAUCUUUAGACAAAAUUUCCAGAACAGCUUCUCCAAAAAAGAAGGAAUCUGUGGAGAAGACAACCAAAAAUAUCUCUAAUCCAGAGGUAAAGUCUCGAGUGGAAGAGAAAGAUAAGGAUACCAAGAAUGCAGCAAAUACAACAACAUCCAAGUCAGCAAAGACUGCAACCACAGGACCUGGGAAUACUAAGGUGGCAAAAUCGACAGCAGUGCCUCCAGGACCUCCAGUGUAUUUGGAUCUGGUGUACAUUCCCAACCACAGCAAUAGCAAGAAUGUUGACGUUGAGUUUUUCAAGAGGGUGCGGUCAUCCUACUAUGUGGUGAGCGGGAAUGAUGCUGCGGCCGAGGAGCCAAGCAGGGCUGUUCUGGACUCCCUGCUGGAGGGCAAGGCACAGUGGGAGAGUAACAUGCAGGUGACUUUAAUCCCAACCCAUGACUCAGAAGUGAUGAGGGAAUGGUAUCAAGAGACCCAUGAGAAACAGCAGGAUCUCAACAUCAUGGUUUUGGCAAGCAGCAGCACUGUUGUUAUGCAAGAUGAAUCUUUUCCUGCAUGCAAGAUUGAACUGUAAAAACAAGGCUGUGCAUCACAAGAUUCAACUUUGUUUCCAGAAAUUCUUCAGUUUGAAAACACCUUUCCUGAAAAUUCAAGUCAUCUCUUUCAACUGCUGAACUAUAUACCUGCCAAAUGCUAUACUGUGUCACAGUGAUGCAAGUCACUAAUAUUUUUCAGUCUUUGUUGGUUGCUAAGGGAAAUAACAGUAUUCCCAUAGUAGAGUACAAAUUACCGCGAAAAUACAGAUCCAGUUGCAUCAACGUUUUGAAACCAUGCACUAGCAACCCCAAUUGACUUUUGCCAGGUAGAGGUAUUUGCCCUCUAAAGAAACACAAAGAAAGAGAGAGAGGGGUAGGAGGAGAAAGUAGUUAAUUAUUAGGUCUGCAUUAGUCGCAUGGCAAUAGAUGUAUCGCUUACUACAGUCUGCUUAUGUUCUCACAUGAGAAGAAAGUUUUAAAUUUUUAUCAAUAUGAGCUAUCACUAUGGGGAUCCUUUUUUUAAAGAAUUAAGUUAGCUCAAAUAUAAAAAGAAAGAGAACAUGGCUAGGAAGGGAUGUAUGACCUAAUCACUCAUCAGCAGCUUUUCACUUUAAUUUGAACUCUGCAUACUGACACAAUGUAACAAUCAUAGGCCAAAUAUGCAUGUAGCCUGUACCCCAUCCAGAAGUCUAAAACCUUUCUUACAACAUACAGAAUUGUUGGUCUAAGGCAUGCUUCCAGCGAAAGCCCGCUCACUCCAGCCAGAACUGACCAGUCCACAUGCUUGAACACCCAUGUCCACUGUCGAUUAACUGAAGCAAAAUACCAAAGCGGUCGGGAGUACAUACAGUAGACAAUUUGCCUUAGAAAGUGACUUGAAUGUACAAAGAAACUUGAUGCACUUAUUUUUUAAUGCUGAGACAGCAAAUUUAUAAAACAUCUGUGUAGGAUCAUAGUUACACCAGUAAAGAAGCGUGAGUGUGCAUGUGUGGUAUUAGGAACUUAUCUGACUGGUCAAGUGGUUUGGUGCUCUGAAUUACAUAUAUUAGUUACGUGAACACUUCAUUGAUGCACCUGGACAGCUCAACAAGGCAAGAUGAGCUUUUUUUUGAAGGCUCCUUUCAUACUGUGGAAGCAAGAUUGAAGUGGUGUCCAGUAUCAGAGUUACAAAACUAAGUGAAACAUUCAGAAUGAUUCAAAAGGUUACCUGUGAGCCUGUACAGUAUUCAGCCUUCCUUUGUCUUACCUGAUUUUAUUUGUUUAAUUUAAGAGUGAACAUGGGAACAAAUGUACAGAAGCCUUUCUUUUUAGUGCUGCAUGAACUUUUAAUACAUGAUUUGUAACAAACAUUUUCAUUUACAGGUAAAUGCAAAGAAAAAUUUUUCAGGUGAAGGUAUUCUUUUUAGUAGUUCUGUAAGAUAAAUGAGUAGUGUUGUUUAAGAUUCUAUUGAGAAUGGAUAUUGAGGUAAAAUUUAUUGAAAACAGUCAACUGUCAAUACCUUUUUCAGGAGACAGGUAUGGAAGGAUACCCUCAUAAAAUUAUUCUGUUGAUGAUGACAGAAAAUGGGAUUUGAGAAGUUGAUUGCCCAAUACUUAAAAGGUUGUAACCUACAUUCUCAACCCUUACAAGAUCUUGAAAAAUGAUAGAACAAGCAAUAAGCUGAAAUAAGUCCCUUCUCUUCCCUUUUUCUUCCCUUCCUUUCCCUUCUCUUCCCCUUUGCUUUCCUCUUUCUUCUAUUCUUUCCUUUUCUCCUUCUCUUUCCUUUACUUCUCUCUCCUCCUCUCAUUUCCUCUUUUUUCACUCUUUCACUUCCUUUCCUCUUCCUUUCCUUGCCUCUUCCUUUACUAUUCUUUUUUUCUUCCUUUCCUUUCCUUCUUUAUGUCUCCCUUCUUUUCCUUCUCUAGGCUGCUUGCAGAGGAACAGCACCACUGCUCUGUGAUUUAAGACAGUUUGGAUUUUUUAGUCUCAGAAAUUUUACCCCAAUUUAAAAGAUCUUGCUGCAUUGCAGAAGGUCUGCAAUGCUGAAUUUGAGAAGGUGUAAAGGCUACAGCACAGACUUAAUGUGCUGGUUUAUGAAUCAUCAUUAUGACUGGUAUUAAGUUUUACAAUGUAGUGAAUUAUGACCUCAUUUUAUUUUCUCUACUUAUAAUUUAUUUCAAUUUUACAUUGUUAGGAUAUUUUUGUUUAAUAGGUGUAUGUUUGCACUCCUAAUUUUUAUGAGGGUUUUUUAAUACUGGUUUAGGGUCUUGUAAAUGUGGGCUUCUCAUGCCCAUUUAAUGCUGUGAAUUACUGUUUGUCACUGGUUGGGGUUUUGAUUUAUUUUCAAUAAUAAUUUUUCUUUUUUUAGGUUUCUCUAGCAAUGCUGUUUUAUUUAUUGCUAUACCUUUCCAGUAGUUAAGAAUAACUCAGAGUGACUAUGGCACAAAAGGCAGAUGGAAGUGUAUUGUGAAAACAAGCAUGUUUGCUGGGCUCAUGUCAUUCACUUAAGAAUGCUUUUGUAAUACAUAGUCUACAAAGAUAUGGAGUAUCUUUGCAGACUAUGUUGUAUAAUUUUGCAGCUAUGUUCUGCAAAAUUUUUGGCAGAACAGUUGUACUGUUUCUACAAUUCUUUCUGAUUUGUCUAUUUUAUUAUAUAGGUCAGAAUUCAAACCUUUUGAGUGGGUGGGAACAGAUUUUCUGAUUUUCUGACAACACCUGAAAUGGUUUGUAUCUCUGCUUUGGUAGAAAAUUGUUUUAAGUACAGCAGUGGUUUUGUGACUAAUCUCACUUAUGCCACUUACUCCUGUGAAUCAGGAGCAAUUUUACUACUGUCAGGGAAGUUACAGUCAUCUGAUCCUACUGUAAAUUAAAUUGGAAUCAAGCCUUAAAUAUGCCCAAGCAAGUUUAUGAUGGCUGAAGCAUUUGUUUUACUUCUGAAAUAAUAAUGAUAAUUAGACAGUUACAUGUGCAUUUGCUUUUUUUGCUGCUACAAGAAUAUUAAAACCCUGGUCUGGCUAUUCUGAGGUAUUGUAAUACCUGUUCCAUCCAUUCCCUUCCAAAUGGCAAUGGCAUCUAGAUUCAACACAGCAAUGAGCUCCUCCAUUGGCCCCUCUUGCCCUUAAUGACUUUCCUGCCUGUGGAUCUAAUCUACCUGUGCUAAUCCUAGUACUACACAACUAGUUUAGUGUAACAGUCAUCAAAAUGUACUGUGUACAUUAACGAUGAGUGCUGUUGAUCAGCAUAGAUUUCUAGGAGCAUGGUUUGUUAUUGAUUACUCUAAUUGUAAAGAUUCAGUACCUGAGUGCAAAGAACACUCCAUUUCAAUGAUGGUAUUACCCAUAACAGCAUUCCCAGUCAUGAUCUUUAUGCUAUUAAUAUAAUGCUUCAUAUAAUUCAAUGAAGAAUUAACUUUGGGGAUCCCAUCCCACUCUUGAACUUCGACAGGGCCUCUCUUGCAUGCCUUUUCAAAGUCCUGUGGUGGGCCUGACUCAUUGACCUCUAUUUUCACCCCAUCUUUCAUAGAAAUCACUUUUGAUUUUUUUUUUACUUAUUUUACAUACUGUGGUGAAUGGAGAUAACUGUGUAUAUGAAUGUUGGGGUUUUUUUAAUUGUCUAUGAUAGCUUAUGCAUUUUAGGAGAGUUCUGGUACUCUUUUACUAAGAUUUAAUAAAUUUGUUAAUUAAAUUUUCAAUCCCUCCCAACACAAGCAAAUGAGUUCCAAAGAGCACUUGCUGUGCAUUUGGAGCAUUUCUGUCAUACGCUUCUCUUUGUUCAUCUGUCGCCAGAGGUUCUUGCUCAGUAAUGAUGUUUUUGAGAGAAAUAGUAAUUUUCUUGGUCCAGAUUUACUAGAAUAUGAAAAAAUAUAAUGUUUACCCUUGAAAGAAAAGCUUUCAUCUUUUCACUUAAUAAUUGAACAAAACACUAAAAUCAACUAGGGGUAAGCAUUUCUUAGAAUGCAAUUAUAUUAUUCACCUGGUUUAAAAAUGUUUCCUAUUUAAAAUUUAAAAAAAAAAAGAAAAAACUCUUCUUUGUUGUGACUUUACAAAAAAUCCUUUAAAAAAAGUGUAACUAAAUAAAACAAUGGCAUAAAAUACAGAAAUAAAGAAAUUUAAGGAGCAGCUUCUCUCUACUAGGCUAACUAAGAGCUCCAGAAGGCAGGAGCUACCUCUUCAAGACUGGGCUGUCAUCUCAAUGUAAAAGACAAAAUCUGAAAUAUGCUUUCACGCAUUUGCAUGCAGCCAUUAUCUUCCGAACUAUGGAAAGAAAGUCUUGUGGCUGGCUGAGAAGCACCUCACACACCUCCUCUCUCUUGUUCUGAAUGGUGUUUGUGUCAGUCUGCAGCUGUGUAUGGUAUUAUGUCUUAUAAUCCUGCAUCACUUCUAUUCUAUCCAGUCAUAUCUAAUGUAGAAAAUUAGUUUCCAGUGAAAGUAAUAUGUAGUGCUUUUAUGAUAUUUGUGUGCAAUAUCCCCUCUUCCAUUGAGGAUAUUUGAUGUAAAGGAAUCAAACUCAGUUCCACAAUAAAAUACAAAAGUGGUAAA